AUGGCCCCCGUUAAGGUCUCCAAGAUUUGCUGCAUCGGUGCUGGCUACGUCGGUGGUCCCACUUGCGCCGUUAUUGCCCUUAAAUGCCCACAUAUCACCGUCACAAUCGUCGAUCUCAACAAGGCUCGCGUUGAUGCAUGGAACAGUCCUGAUUUUGCCCUGCCCAUUUAUGAGCCAGGUCUGGAGGACGUCGUUCGCCAAGCUCGCGGCCGCAACCUCUUCUUCUCGACAGACGUCGACAAGGCCAUUGAGGAGGCUGACCUGAUCUUUGUCAGUGUCAACACCCCAACGAAGAAGAGCGGCGUAGGAGCUGGGUUCGCCGCUGACCUCAACUAUGUUGAACUUGCCACGCGCCGCAUCGCGACUGUUGCCACUUCAUCCAAAAUUGUGGUGGAGAAAUCGACUGUGCCAUGUCGUACCGCCGAGUCCAUGCGCACUAUUCUCGAGGCCAAUUCUAAACCCAACUGCCGAUUCGACAUCCUCUCCAACCCCGAAUUCCUUGCUGAAGGAACCGCCAUUUCUGACCUUUUCAGCCCUGAUCGCGUCUUGAUCGGCUCCCUCCAGACAGAGGAAGGUAUCAAUGCUUGCGAAAGCUUGAAGCAGGUGUACUCCAACUGGGUUCCUGAAGAGCGGAUCCUCACCGUCGGCUUGUGGUCAUCAGAACUUUCCAAGCUCGCCGCGAACGCCAUGCUCGCCCAGCGUAUCUCCUCCAUCAAUGCCCUGUCCGCUAUCUGCGAAGCCACCGGUGCAAACAUUGAUGAAGUCUCACACGCUAUUGGCUAUGAUUCGCGAAUUGGCCCUAAAUUCCUCAAGGCCAGUGUUGGUUUCGGAGGAUCGUGCUUCCAGAAGGAUAUCCUCAACUUGGUGUAUCUAAGCGAGAGUCUGCACUUGCCCGAGGUCGCUGCGUACUGGCGCCAAGUUGUUGAGAUGAAUGAGUACCAGAAGCGCCGAUUCUCAAAGAGGGUUGUGGACACUCUCUUCAACACUAUCACUGGCAAGCGAAUUGCCGUCCUUGGAUUUGCCUUCAAGGCUGACACCGGCGAUACUCGCGAGUCCGCUGCGAUCACUUUGAUUAAGGACUUCCAGUCGGAGAAAGCUCUGGUCAACGUGUACGACCCCCAAGUGUCUGCUGAUCAGAUCUGGCUUGAUCUCCAGGAAGCCAGCCCACUCUCGACUUUGGAGAGCAUCCAAAAGCAGGUGCAUAUCUGCAAAUCGGCCCUCGAGGCGUGCAAGAACGCCGAGGCUGUCGUCAUCGCCACUGAGUGGAAGGAGUUCAAGGACAUUGACUGGGAGGCUGUCUAUGCCGGCAUGAACAAGCCCGCGUUUGUAUUUGACGGUCGACUGAUCGUGGACGCUGAGAAGCUGAGGAAGAUUGGCUUUACGGUCACUACCAUUGGCAGACCUUCGAGCGUUCUCUAA